UUUGGUGAAGAGGAGUCAACACGCUGUGAUACUGAAGCUCAGUUAAUAGCAAGAGGCUGCAAGAUGGAAGAAAUCAUCUCCCCCCGGAACAUCGUAACCACUGUGAAGAAAGGUCCGCUAUCUGAGUCGUUCAGUAAGCAGGAGUCUGUCCAGCUGAAUCCACAGGAGACUUCACUAAUACUGCGACGCAAUCUUCCUGCCACACUCAGUGUUUCUUUUAAAAGAGUUCAGGGUUAUCCAGUGGAUCUCUACUUCCUGUUGGACCUGUCUUACUCCAUGACAGAUGACUUGGAAAAUGCUAAACAACUGGGGCAAGAUCUUUUUGCAGCUCUGAGUAAAAUCACUGAACAUGCUCAAAUAGGGUUAGGUGUCUUUGUCGAUAAGACAGUCCUUCCUUACACUAACACCCACCAGAGGAAACUGCAGAAGCCACGUGAUGAGAACGACCAGCAGUGUCAGGCUGCCUUCGGCUACAGACAUGUGCUUAGUAUGACACCAGAGAAGGAUGAGUUCAAAGCAAAAGUGAGAGAGCAGGUCAUUUCUGGGAACUUGACUUCUCCUGACGAGAUUCUUGACGCCAUGAUGCAGGCUGCUGUAUGUGGGGACAAAAUAGGUUGGAGGAACGGCAGCACUUGGCUGAUUGUGCUGACCACUUAUGCUGGAUUUCACAUUGCGGGGGAUGGAAAUUUGGCUAGCAAACUGGAACCCAAUGAUGAACUUUGCCACCUGGAAAACAACCUUUAUACCAAGAGCACUGAAAUGGACUACCCAUCUGUUGGACAACUAGCUAUGCAGUUGGAAAAAAACAAUAUUCAGCCGAUAUUUGCAGUGAAAAAGAAUGUGGAGAAUGUGAACAAGAGUACCUCAACUCUGAUUCCAAAAUCAGAGGUGGGCGUUCUGUCAUCAGAUUCUAAAAAUGUUGUUGAACUAAUGGGAAGUGUCUGCAGCUGCAGCCUCCAAUGCAAUGACAGCUAUUCUGGUCAGUUCUGUGAGUGUUACACUGACGGUAAAGACGAGCGGUCCCUGCGAGCUUCCUGUCAGAGGCAGAACGGCAGCGAGUGUGAGGGCAGAGGAGACUGUGUGUGGCAGACUGUCCAGAACCACGCAGCGUCCCACCUAUUCAUCGAAGGUGAAAGAGAGGAGAUGAACUGGAAAAGGUGA